AUGACUGGACAUUGGCCCUGCCUUCACUUCCUGCCAGCAAUCACUCUUUUCUCCUUGAUUGCAGCUCCAGAACAGAGUGCCUCAUUCUCUCUGUUUGAAGACACUGUUCAGAAAUGGAGACUGUACCGCAAUGAGUGCAUCGAGAAUGUGCUGUCUCAGCCGGAUUCUCUCACAGGUGAUUUCUGCCAUCGUUUCUUUGACAUGCAUAUCUGCUGGCCAGACGCAUUGCCAGGAACCAGAGUGAAUGUUUCAUGUCCCUGGUACAUUCCUUGGAUAGACAGAGUUGAUAAAGGCUCUGCAUUCAGAUACUGUACUGAGAAAGGUUCUUGGCUAAUGGACAAUUACACAAAUGAGCCCUGGGUUGAUCAUUCAGAAUGUGAUGAAGAUCAUGUGUUUCUACAUCAACAGCUGGUCAAGCAGCAGACUCUGAGCACAUUCCGCUUUGUGUACACGGCUGGUUACACUCUGUCUCUCAUUACACUCAUCGGGGCAAGUCUCACUCUCAUCUCAUUCAGGAAACUCCAUUGCAUGAGAAACUACAUCCAUCUGAACCUGUUUGGCUCCUUCAUCCUCCGAGCUAUUGCCGUGUUGGUCAAAGAUGUGCUCAUGGACAAUCUACAUGCAGGAAAUGGCAAUGUCAGUGUCGAGUUGCAGACUGCUGAUCCAGACAUGGCUACAAUGUGGUGUCGUUCUUCACAGAUCUUCCUCCACUACAGUGUACUCUGCACCUAUCACUGGCUGUUGGUUGAAGGUCUAUUCCUCUAUUUCCUACUCAUUGUGUCUGUUUUCACUGAGCAGAAGUGCUUCCUGGUCUAUCUGCUGAUUGGUUGGGGUGUCCCCUUGAUUUUUGUGUUUCCAUGGAUCAUUGUCAAGUUCUUACAGGAGAAUUCUGGGUGCUGGAGACAAAACACUAACAUGUCCUUCUGGUGGAUUGUGCGAUCUCCACUGUUACUUGUCAUCAUUAUUAAUUUUGCAAUAUUCAUCAGAAUAAUAAUUCUACUCAUCUCCAAGAUGCGAUCCCAUCAGACACACAAUACAGAUUUUAAAAAUCGAUUAACAAAAUCAACGCUAAUUCUAAUCCCUUUGUUGGGGGUGCACGAGAUUUUUUUUAUUUUUAUCACGGAUGAGAAUGCUAAAGGAAUACUUCGAUACAUAAAACUAUUUGUUGAACUCCUCUUUGGCUCCAUACAGGGCUUGUUGGUGGCAGUCCUGUAUUGUUUUAUUAAUGGCGAGGUCCAGAAUGAACUGAAGAAGAAGCUGCAAUUGUGGAAGAUGAAGAGGAAUCUCAGAAAGUCUCGUCGUCGGUACUGCAGUGGUCAGAGGGAGAAUUUUGAUAGCACUGGUCAGUACAUUGAGAUGGGAACAAGAGAUGACCUGGAGUCUCCCAAUACAGAUGAAGGUCUUCUCAACACUCUCAGCUCCAAUCAGGGUCUAAAUUCAGAGAUCACUGAGCUCCCAAGACAGGCCUCUGAAAUCCUGCUCAAUGCAACUGCUGUUUAGAAUGGAAUAGCAAUAUAAUAGUGAUGGGGCACAGGGACCUCACACUACCUA